AUGAAAGUUUUUCAAUCAAAGAAGCGAAUUCUCCUUCAUGACAUGGUCGCAAUUCAGAAGUUUUUAGCAAACUCUGCUGAGUACCAUGAUUCCUAUGCAGAUACAUGGGCAAAAAUGGGCGAAACCUUGAAGAAUAUGAUUGUUUCACAAAACUCUGCAAUUUCAGAUCAAAUGGAAAGAUUUGCAGCCUGUCUCAAAGAAAUAGCCGACUGCCAUAAAAGAAUUACAGCUGCAGAAACAAGAAAUUCUGAAGACUUUAAUGAUGUUAUCGAGAGAUAUGAAGUCCUCUAUCGCACACACAAUGAAUACUUAGACGCGAAGAAGAAAUUCCAAAAUGCAAAUGCCAAACUCAGAGAAGCUUUAGAUCUUGAAAUGUAUAACAAAGCAAGACCUGAUUGGGAUAAACUCCAAGAAAAGACAGAGAUCAAUGUUACCAAAUGCAAAGAAGCAAAGGUUGCAGCUCUUGAGGAUACAAAAGUUAAACUUGCAACUUUAAUCGAAACAAGAAAGAAAUAUAACCUUUUCAAAGUUAGAAGAUUCCGCCAAGGCUGGAUCCGUUACGGUACAACAUUAAAGACAGAAAGCGAAAAUGAAAUCGAAAUUAUCAAUAAAAUACAAGGAAUUCUUAACGAAAUCAGGGGUAUCAAAGACGUUAACCCAGAGGAUCUCAACAAGAUCGAAACAGCUGUUACAAAACAACUCGAAGAAGCUCCUCAACCACAAUUUACUCCAGAUGCCGAAUCUCUUCAACAAGCCAACACUGUUACUGAUUUACCAGCAGAAUUAGAUCAUAUGAUUGAUUUGCCUGAAGUUCCACAUGAUGUUCCUGAAAUUCCAGAAGAAGAUACAGAAGACCAUUCAAACGAAAAGAAAGAUGAUGAGUACUAUUGA